AUGUACUGUACAGGAUUUCUGUCUUCCUACGGGCGGUGCGGGAAGCGUGUUAUGUCCUGUACGGGAUUUCCUGGGGGGUGGCAGUCCUACGGGCGGUGCGGGAAGCGUGUUAUGUCCUGUACAGGAUUUCCUGGGGAGUGGGAGUCCUACGGGCGGUGCGGGAAGCGUGUUAUGUCCUGUACAGGAUUUCCUCGGGAGUGGCAGUCCUACGGGCGGUGCGGGAAGCGCGUUAUGUCCUGUACGGGAUUUCUGUCUUCCUAUGGGCGGUGCGGGAAGCGUGUUAUGUCCUGUACAGGAUUUCCUGGGGAGUGGCAGUCCUACGGGUGGUGCGGGAAGCGUGUUAUGUCCUGUACAGGAUCUCUGUCUUCCUAUGGGCGGAUUUCUGUCUUCCUACGGGCGGUGCGGGAAGCGUGUUAUGUCCUGUACGGGAUUUCCUGGGGGUGGCAGUCCUACGGGCGGUGCGGGAAGCGUGUUAUGUCCUGUACAGGAUUUCCUGGGGAGUGGGAGUCCUACAGGCGGUGCGGGAAGCGUGUUAUGUCCUGUACAGGAUUUCCUCGGGAGUGGCAGUCCUACGGGCGGUGCGAGAAGCGCGUUAUGUCCUGUACGGGAUUUCUGUCUUCCUAUGGGCGGUGCGGGAAGCGUGUUAUGUCCUGUACAGGAUUUCCUGGGGAGUGGCAGUCCUACGGGUGGUGCGGGAAGCGUGUUAUGUCCUGUACAGGAUCUCUGUCUUCCUAUGGGCGGUUCGGGAAGCGUGUUAUGUCCUGUAUGGGAUUUCCUGGGGAGUGGCAGUCCUACGGGCGGUGCGGGAAGCGCGUUAUGUCCUGUACAUGA